AUGAAGAAACUCAGGAGGUUGGUCAACCGAAAUUUCAUCUCGGUGAUUCCACCAAUGACGUCUACAGAGAAGAAAAAGAAGAGAAAGACAACGAAGAAGAAGAAGAAACCAUCGCUUAACCAAAAGAAGAAGAGUCUGUCGUCGCUGCAAGCGACCCUAAUUCCUUCCCUUCCCGAUGAUUUGCUAUUGAGCUGCUUCGCACGCGUUUCUAAAUUGUACUACACGACACUCUCUCUCGUCUCCAAGAGAUUUCGAUCUCUCAUAGCUUCACCAGAGCUACUCAAGGUCCGGUCUUCUCUAGGCCGCGACAAGACUUGUCUCUAUGUCUGUUUCCAGUCCGAUCCUGACACUAACCCUCACUGGUUCUCUCUCUGCCCAAAACCUAAUCAAACCCUAAAUGACGGAUCAAGUGAGAAUGUUUUGGUUCCAAGCCCAAGUCCAAAUUGUGUUCCUGAGCACUGGUCGGGUCAAGUGAGAUCUGGUUUCUCUGGUAUCUUCAACAUUGGUGGACCCAUUGACAAUUCCAGCGUCUCGUUCUUGGACUGCCCGUCUCACACGUGGCCCAAUGCUCCAAAAAUGUGGGUGGAGUGCGGCUACUAUUUAGAGGUUAAUGUCCUUAAUAGGAAGAUAUAUGUGGGCAGAAAAAAAAGGUUUAAGGAAAAAAAGGUCUUUAUGAAUGUGGUUGAAAAAAAUGUUUUGGGUUUAUCUAAUGGUUUGGCUUAUAAAGCCAAGGGAGGUCAAUGGGAAAGGUUUUGGGGUUGGAAACCGGAUUGUGGAUGGUUUUCUAUGUGUGUGAUCGGAAACGUAUUGUACCACUACCGUUCUGGAGAGUUAGGAUGGUAUGACACCAACAUGGCAGGAAAAUGGAUGAAGUUGAAGGGUUUGGAAGGACUGCCUAAGAUUGGAAGUUAUGAUGCUUGUGUUCAGUUGGUAGAUUAUUUUGGAAAGAUGGUGGUUUUAUGGAGUGAGCUUUGCGGUGAGAAGAAGAUGAUUUGGUGUGCGGUAAUUGCGCUUGAUCAUGAGAGGUGUAACGUUGGAGAAAUUCAUGGGGAGGUUGAGUGGUGUGACGAGGUGCUUACAGUCCCUAGAUCAUAUGAAUUGGAGUAUGCUCUCGCUGGAAUUGACGGGUGA